AUGGCUACCUCAAACAAGACCACAUUCACCCUCAACAAUGGUGUCAAGAUGCCCGGCCUGGGCUUCGGCACCUUUGCUAACGAGGGCGCCAAGGGCGAGACCUACAAGGCUGUCACUUGCGCCCUCAAGGUCGGCUACCGACACCUCGACUGUGCCUGGUUCUACCUUAACGAGGGCGAGGUUGGCGAGGCUGUGCGAGAUUUCCUCAAGGAGAACCAAGAUGUGAAGCGCGAGGACAUCUUCAUCUGCACAAAGGUCUGGAACCACCUCCACGAGCCCGAGGAGGUCAAGUGGUCCAUCGAGAACUCCCUCAAGAACUUCGGCCUCGACUACGUUGACCUCUUCCUCGUCCACUGGCCCAUUGCCGCCGAGAAGGGCGACGACUACCAGCCCAAGAUUGGCGCCGAUGGCAAGUACGUCAUCAAGAAGGACCUCACUGAGAACCCUGAGCCCACAUGGCGCGCUAUGGAAGAGGUUCUGGCUAGCGGCAAGGCCCGUGCUAUUGGUGUCUCCAACUGGACCAUCGACGGCCUCAAGAAGUUGAUGUCUUUCGCCAAGGUCAAGCCCGCCGUUAACCAGAUCGAAAUCCACCCCUUCCUCCCCAACGAGGAGCUCGUCAAGUUCUGCCUGGAGAACGACAUCCUGCCCGCCGCAUACUCUCCCCUGGGCUCCCAGAACCAGGUCCCCACCACUGGUGAGACUGUCCGCAGCAACAAGACCCUUAACGAGGUCGCCGACCGCAGCGGCAACACCCUUGCGCAGGUCCUCAUCGCCUGGGGUCUCCGCCGGGGCUACGCCGUUCUGCCCAAGAGCUCCACCCCAUCCCGCAUCGAGAGCAACUUCCAGAUCCCCGACCUGUCGGACGAGGAUUUCGAGGCCAUCCAGAGCGUUGCUAAUGGCCGACACACCCGCUUUGUCAACAUGAAGGACACCUUUGGUUACAAUGUGUGGCCCAAGGAGACUCUUGAGGAUGGAACCUCUGUUGUUUAA